UUCUUUUUGGGGGGCGCUUGGAGGGGGAGUCGCCCAGGGAGUAGUUCAAUGUAGAACUGUCACUGCCAUGUCCAUAUUUUCAAUGGCACUAACACAGAUAGUUAAAACGAUUUGUACAUUUAGCGUUAGGUUUUAACCUACGUCAUCAGUAUGGGUCCAUAAACGGUAAACAGAUUACAUCAUACACCCUCGACAGAGUACUCUUCGUCGAUGGUCGCGGCGUGAUGGAGGUGUGCGGUUCUUCAAAUGUUGCCCUUAGAGAGUUUGGCUGUGAGCAGAGCUCAUUGUCUCGACCUGACGGCUCAGCGUCCUUCAUCCAAGGAGACACAAGUGUGUUGGCUGGAGUGUACGGACCAGCUGAGGUCAAAGUCAGCAAGGAGAUCUAUGACCGGGCAACUCUGGAGGUGUUGAUUCAGCCCAAAGUGGGACUGCCAAGUGUAAGGGAGCGAUCACAGGAGCAGUGUGUGCGAGAAACCUGUGAGGCAUCUCUGUUCCUGUCCCUCCAUCCUCGCUCCUCCCUCACUCUCAUUCUUCAGGUGCUGCAUGAUGAUGGUUCACUCCUGUCCUGCUUUUUGAAUGCAGCCUGCAUGGCUCUGAUGGACGCAGGCUUACCUAUGAGUUGCCUGUUCUGUGGAGUGACCUGUGCCAUCGACACAAACGGUCAAAUCAUCACAGACCCCACUGCAGCUCAGGAAAAGGAAAGUCGAGCUUUGAUGACCUUUGCUAUAGACAGUGCAGAGCGCAGAGUAUUGAUGUCAUCAACCAAAGGAUCUUUUUCAGUUCAUGAGCUGCAGCAGUGUAUAGCGGUCAGUCAGAAAGCAUCAGAGAAGAUUUUCCAGUUCUACAGGGACUCCGUCAGGCGGCGGUACUCCAAAAACCUCUGAUGAAGAAGACGCUUUCUUUUUCUAGUCUUAUAUUUUUAAAUAAUGCAUUCAAAUACUGAUGUUGUAAUAAAAUAUUUAGCCACCACUUUGGGCGUCCUUUGCUUCAGCUCAGUUGUAGUCUGUGCUGUGGGUGAAAUGAGAGAUUUAAGAGGGUGGGGGUGGGAUAGGGGGGAGGUUUUACAUGAGGACCUUUGAAAGAAGACCAGAUUGGCCUGUCAGGGUGCAAAAUCAAAAGAGGGAAGAUGAAAGUUAAACAAGUGCAUUUAUUGGGAUUCAUUGAUUUUUUUCCUUCAGUUUAAUAUUUACAUGUAAUACAAGGAACUGGGAAAGAACUGAACAUCUCUUGUACUAAUAAAAUCUCCUUUGUCACAA